AUGCGUAGAGCUGGAAGUUUGCGUCCAAGGGUCACUAUUCUGUCAAGAGUGCUUACAGAUUUCUGGUUGCUGGGUUUCGACAUAGGGAAGUCCAGGAGAGUUCCGAUUGAUUCGAUGUGUCCGUUAUGUCAUGAGACUCCUGAGACUGUCUUGCAUAUUCUUGUUCAAUGUCCUUUUGCCCGCAGUUGUUGGUUGAGUUUGCCUUUGGGUUGGCCUGCAUUCUCUGCUGCCUCUCUUAGGGAGUGGUUCUCUUUAGCCUUCCUUACUGCUUCUGCAGAGAAUGCUUCCCUUAUUCUAAUGAUAUGUUGGGCUUUGUGGCAUAAUAGAAAUAAUGUUAUUUGGAAAGCUCAGAGUCGAACUGGGAAUGGUGCGUUCUUCAUGGCACUGAAUUUUUUGCAGCAAUGGAGGGGGGGCCUGUUCUGA